ACCCCGAGGGACCGAGGGACCGAUACACCAGACACCAGGCCGCGAUCGACGGCAAGAGGCAGCAGCGUGUCAGCAGAAACAGAAACUGAAACUGCGGUUCGGUUCGGUUAGGAGGCGUAUUCGUUGCGAUUCAAUUGCCGCGGUCACUCAGUGCAAAGGCAAAGCUUCGUGCAAUCGGACGGACACAAUGAAACAGAUUCCGGGACUGCUGGGACUGGGACUGGUGCUGGCGGGACUCCUGCUAGCGGCAGGGACUUCAAAUGCCCUGCCAAUGACCAACGACUUGGAGCUGGUGGCUGCCUUGGAUGCCAUGGAGCCAGCAGCAGCCGCCGCACAGCCAUCGCACAUUUCACGCAUCGCGGCAAGGGGCGAGGCAACAGCCCAUGAGGAUCGACCGGAGCUGUUCAACACCAUUGUGCAGGAGCUAAAGGCAGCGGGAGUCUACACGGCCGAGCGCCAGGAUCUGCACACACUCAGCUACAAGGAGCUCACCCGCCUCCUGGCCCUGUGGCACCUCUCGUCGGGACGGAACUAUUACGAGGCGAGUCCUGCCCCCGAAAUCGUCGGGUGAAGCCGUCGCGCUUUUGUGUUUUGUUUGCUCAUUUUUUAUUAUUGUGAAAUUCUGUGUUGCCAAAAGUUUAUUAUGAAAUAAAGAAAGAAACUGCUGCGCUACGCCA